GUGCUGGUGGCGGAGGCCGGGCCUGAGGACGCGGUGGCACCCGAGCUGCGGCGGCUGGAGGCGCUGCUGCGCACCGUGUUCGGCCACCAGGCAGGGGGCCCGGUGCAGGCAGCCACCUAUUGCCCCGGGCGCCCGGCCUCCAGCCUGGCUGUCCAGUCGGCCGCCUGCAGGGCCCUGCAAGCUGCCGGGCCGGGGAGACCAGGUGAGGGAGCCUCGGAGAGACCCGGCCUCCCGGGACUGCUGGCCUGCUUUUCCUGGGGUCCCUGGAGCCGGACGAAAGGCGGAGCUGACAUCCCAGCCAGGGACCCAGCUCAGGAUCUCUUCCAGGACCCUGAGGAGGCGCUGGCCCUGACCACCAUGUUUCCCAAUGGGGACAGCGAGGAUGCCAGGAGAAAGGCCAUGUGCUGUGACGGAGUCCACACUCCCGCUGAGCCCUUGAGACACUCGAGAUGA